AUGUUUUUCAAAGGCGAUUUGCAGAGCGGUAUCUCGCAGGCGAUCCACGAGCACAAGCUGGUCGCCUGCUUCGUCAGACAAGAUGACAAUGAGACAAGCCAAAAGUGGGAGAGCGAGUGGCUGAACGCGUCGACCGACAUACCUACAGAAUCGGACCAACGAAAUUCACUGGGCGAACAACUGGGCGAAAGGGCAAUCUUGCUUCGGAUCAAUGCAGGAUCCGUCGAGGCUGGCUUCCUGGGAGCCUUCUGUUCUCUCGACUCUUUGCCGAAGCUUUUGAUCAUCAAGGCAGGCUCGGUUGUUGAGAAUAUCGAUGCAAGCGUCACCGAGGAAGAAUUCAAGCAGCGUAUUACUGCUCUACUACAACCUCCUACACAGCAGCAGCUACCACAGGCAUCCAAUCCUAUUCCUCAAAACGAAGACUCUGCCACCGCGGACGUCAGCCAAGUCUUGUCGAAUGUACCCUUUAUCGGCGAAAGAGGAACGAGUCUACAAGAUUCCGGCACAGUCCCCCAGGAGAACGCGGAGACAAACGUCCCCAUCCCAGCACCUACCAGUCAGGGCAACAAUGCAACAAUGCAACAAUUCUUAACCGAGCGUGGGGCGCGUCUCGAAGCCGAACGCAAAAGGCAAGAAGAGGCCGAGAAGGAAGCACGCAGGGCCACAGCGAAAGCACGAAAAGCGUCUGCAGACAAGCAAGCCGCCGAAUCAUCGUCAAUGCCUCAGAACAAACAAGACUGGGCUGAUCAGCAACGAAACCGCAACAAAGAGGCUCGUGUCGAGAGGGAGAGAAUUCUCAAGUCAAUCGAGUCUGACAAGGCUGCAAGAAAAGAGAAGGAACGACAAAGAAGAAUUGCCGCCCAGGGUGAGCCGUCUACAGCAGCUGCACGGGCACCAGUACACACUGAUACAGCUCCCGGACGACACUCCACCACUUGCUCUCUUCAAAUCAGACUGUUUGACGGUAGCUCGCUACGAACAAAGUUCGACCCUUCGGCAACCCUUGCGACCUCGGUCAGGACAUACAUUUCACAGAACUCGCAAACGGAGAUCCCCUACGAGUUCCGACAGAUACUGCUUCCUAACCCUAGCAGAAACAUCUCAGUAGGCGAAGAGAGCGAAUCACUCAAGUCGCUCGGCUUGACACCCAGUGCAACUCUGGUGUUGGUACCCAUCAAGGGAUACACAGACGCUUAUGCCAGUGGCAGUGGCGGUCUGGUCUCGAAAGGCUUCAAUGCUGGAUUUGGGCUCUUGUCAGGCGCGGCAAGCAUGCUGGGGAGCGCUGUAGGAGGUGCCAUGGGCUAUGCAUCAGGAACAAACGACCGAGCAGGACCUUAUAUGUCCGGCACAGCGGAUGAGAGCGAGACAUCUAACGUGGAGGGAGACAGAAUGGCUAACAGGCCCGGCGGCAUCAACAUACGCACGCUCGGUGACCAGAGACGAGAAGCAGACCAAACCCCUGAGCUUUACAAUGGGAAUCAGCUGAACUUUGAACCUCGCAAGAAAAAGGACGGCCAGGACACCAAGGAUGAUUAA